UGGUAUUUGAAACUCAAAAUGGCCAAAAUGUCAGACUGAACUUUGUAAUAAUUCUCCGGUAGUGAAUUGUUGAUAUAAUUAUUCAUAUUUUUCCUUUUAGUAGAGGACCUCUCAAUAGCAACAACAACAUUCACAGCAACCUGCUCAUAGGACGGGAAAUCCCGCAUUUCAGACAUUGAGUAUGGUUCGUGAACGUUGUCUGACACAUUAUAUUAUUAUAGAGCACCAAGAGUUUCCGUUCAACGCUAAUGAACUAAUUAUGUUCUGAAGAAUGUGGCAUGAUCAAUUUAUAUAAGGCCUACAGAAUGUGAAUAUGCUGUCUUGUUGACACAUUAUCUUUAAAAAGAUACGACGGCAGAGGUAAUCGAGUUUGCUUCAGGUUUCCAUAGCAACCCAACCCAUAGUGCAGUUUAGCAUGGCGUUCAUUGGUGACAUCAUCCUGUAUGUACACACAGUCCUAGUUUUGUCAGCUUCCUGCUUCUUAUGUUUCGGGAUCAGCUUUCCCAACUGGAUGAAGUAUAUUGUGGUGAAGGAACAAUGUAAAGAGGUAGGCCGGGCUGGCCUGUGGUUGUCCUGCUCAACAUUCUGUCUCGACAAACCCUUCUCUGUCGACGCCAACUCGACAACAAACGCCACAAACUCCUCCUUAGCUCAACCAACAGAAACAGAAGCAGCCAACAGCAGCUCUCCGCUUGUAGCAGGAUCCCUCACCGACAACGCUCCAGAAUCCCCCGACAUGGACGGCUGCACUGACAAAGAGAUCUGCUUCAACCUGGCCGGCAAGACGCACUUCGUGUGGAAGCCCAUGUUGGAAGUGACUCGUCUGCUGGCUGCACUGAGCGUGUGCGUGUCUAUGGUUGCCGUGGCUUGUGCUCUGGUGAGACAGUGUAACUGGAACUUCUACAAGGACCGUGUGCAUCUUGCCCUUGCGGCGACUGCAGGCUUCCUGGGCAUCCUGGUGAUCAUUUUCUACCCCGUGAACGUUGUGUUCCCUGACGCGGACCAGUGGCAACCCAGCUGGCAACUCGACUGGACCUACUACGUGUUCCUGUCCGGAUGCUGCACACACGUCCUGGUGGUACCUCUGCUAUGUCUGGGUCCGAGGCACAGUGGUGACGAUACGAAGGGUGCCGACGUGGAAGGAGGUAUCACGUCACCUCAGAGGGGAUCCUCGUCUGUGUCACUAUCGUCAUCAUCGUCUUCGCUUUCGUCGUCUCGCCCACCUGGUGGUCUUUCCACGAUCUCCACUUUGUCUUCACUGUGAGAGAGGGACAGAAUUCCUAUCUCCACUUUGUUAGCUCUGUGAAAGACGGAGAAAGUUCCUUUUGGACCAAUGACUACAAAGCUUCUUUGGGACAAUGGCUACUUAGUUCCUUUUGGACCAAUGACUACAAAGCUUCUUGGAGACAAUCGCUACAAAGUUCCUUUUGGGACAAUAGCUACAUAGUUCCUUUUGGGACAAUGACAAGAAAGUUCCUUUUGAAGGAGCCAGUAAAAGAUGGGGACCUAUAUGGACCAGUUGUGUUACCCAAUUUCUCCCUUUAAUUAUGAAAUCAGUUUUUCACUUUGUCUCUUCAGUUUGCCAAUUGCAGUCUCUUGAAUGUAUUACGAGAUUUAAUUUGUAAUUCAAAAGGUCUUCAGUGUCUAUUAUCAUGUUUCCCCCUGCUCACCACGGAGAAGUGGAAGUAGGACUUUGAGCAGGCUAAAUGUUUAGGUUCUAUAUAAUUUUGCAGCUGAGUUAGAAAUCGAUUUCUUCGCCACUUUGAAGUUACCCUCGAAAGUGUAUAUUGUGUGGUUAAAUAAGUCAUCCUCCCCGCACCCUCCCCUUUCUUAAAAAUGGGAUAAUUCAAAAGCCUAGUAUAAAAAUGAAGCGCUAGUUGGAAAAAGCAUUCUCAAAAUUGGUCACUCUUAAGGACAAGUGGGCUAACACAGAUUUUGUGGGUUUCCUGAAAUUUUGACCAACACCAAAAG